CGUAAUUUGCCCAUUAUAUUUUGCUCUUAACAAAAUAACACACAUCCAGACCAAUGCUUGCCGGCGCUAAUAUGAGCCGGCCUGCCAAAACUAUUAUACAAUAUUAUAAAUAAAAUCAUUUUAAAAUAUAAUCGCAUGCAGAUAACUCCAGUAAUUAUUACAAAAUGAAAUCACAACAAUACAUCAUAUGAAGACCUGACCAGUCAUUAUUUCUUGAGGAAAAUCCCAAACAUCUGAACCAUCGAAAAAAAAAAGAAGGCGAUUUCUCCUAAGUAAUAGUUUUACUUUCUUGAUUACAAUAAUGGUAGUAAUUAGUUCCCAACUUAUGUUUUUCUGUAGCUAAAUAUUUUAUAGCUACUAUUCUACGCAUUCAUGGCUGAUCAUUCGAUCGAGCCGCCAAGGCGGCGGCAAAGGCACACUACUCCGGCGAGGUCUCAGCAUUUCUCCGCCUCGUUUUCAAGCUCGAGCUCCCACAUUUUCUCCCAUAACCGGUCCCCGUGGAGGCGGCGGAACCCUACUCCGGCGACCCCUUUCGCCACCGACGAAGACCGGUCAUGGCAGGGACAGCUGUCGUGGCAGCUGGAGCCGACAGGCUGGCGAGAAAGCCGAAACCUCGGGGCGGCACUUAGCCCAUGGACAUCAAAUAAUUCAUCAGCCACCACUCCUUUCAUUACCAGAGUUGUCAACCGAUCAGCCAAUGAUUACUACCUUUCCCACACUUACGGUAAUACAAACAAUUAUGAGGAUUACGAGAAUUCAAAUUCUUACUAUGGUCAUUUGCCGUCGGGGAGAAUCGAGCUCCAAAGCUACGUUUCGAGGGCUAAUGGUAAUAUUAGCAGGCCUGGCAAAAGUCCUGUUUUGUCUACUAUCAAAGAAGGGAGUGUUAGAAAUGUGGGCCCUUUGUCCGAUCAUGGGGCCCACAAGCAGCAUGAUCAAGAUCCUAGAUGGUUCUCUGUUUCACAUGCUUAUGCAGGCGAGAAUGCUGACGUGGAUCAUCACUAUUAUGAUGACGACGAUGAUGAUUUGGAAUUUGCUAAUAAUAGUCGUCAUUACCAUCAAGAAAGCCACCAUAGAAAGUCAACCGCGGGGUUUGACCAAGAACCGGAGUUUGUGGAAGAGCAUGAUGACGUGGAGGAGGAGGAUGAGGUGGCGCCAAAAUCGGUUGGAAUAUUUAGCUUGUUUAGGUAUUCGACGAAGCUGGAUUUAGUACUUAUAAUGUUCGGAUGUUUGGGAGCUUUUAUCAAUGGAGGGUCACUUCCUUGGUAUUCGUUUCUUUUCGGGAAAUUUGUCAACAAACUUGCUCUAGGACAAGACCAGGACAAAAAUGAGAUGAUGAAGGAAGUGGAUAAGAUAUGUCUACUUAUGACUGGAUUGGCUGUCCUAGUUUCGCUCGGAGCUUACUUAGGUAACAAAAACGCGCUUUUUUUUUUUUUUUGGUUCUCAUUUAUUAUCCUAUCUAUCGAGUUUCUAAUAAUUACCAAAAAAAUAAAUUUGGCUGAUGGACAGAGAUUACUUGUUGGAGGAUGGUGGGUGAAAGAUCGGCUCAUAGGAUAAGAACAGAGUAUUUACGAGGUGUUCUGAGACAGGACAUUGGAUUUUUCGACACGGAAAUAAGUACUAGUGACAUCAUGCAUGGAAUCUCUAGUGAUGUUGCUCAAAUUCAAGAAAUGAUGGCAGAUAAGGUAAAAUCCUAGUUCAUUUUUUUAUUUUAUUUUUCUGUAACAACAAAUUUGACAUAGUUAAUUAUAAUGCAGAUGGCACAUUUUAUUCAUCAUAUAUUUACCUUCAUAUGCGGGUACAUAGUCGGUUUCUUGAAAUCGCCAAAGGUGUCGUUAGCAGUGUUUGCAGUGACCCCAUUAACAAUGUUUUGUGGCAUUGCCUAUAAGGCUAUAUAUGGUGGCCUA